AUGAACCGCAUACUCCUGUGCAUCAACGAGGUAGAGCCUUUGCUUAGAGCUGAGCAGGGCAAGUUUGUGCUGAGAAAAAAGCUUCAUUCAUUGGAAUCCCUGGGGACAUCUUCCCCGUUUCAGAGAAAACGCCAUCACCGUGCAUCAGAAGACCUGAGCUGGGGCGUAUGGGUAACGUUGAUCGGCUUCUUGGUGAUGAUCAAGCCCAUCCGAGAGGCUAUCCCGCUCUUCAUGCUGCAGUUCAACGGACUCGACCGCCCGGAGGACCGCCCGCACACGCUGGAAUGGAUCAUUAAGUACAACAUCUGGCCCGGGGAGAUCAUGAUCGUCUUCUUUGCUCACCUCUUCCUGGAGUCCAACCAGCGCGACCUCGUCUACAUCCUCGUUUUCGUCACCGGGGUAGGCGACGGCCUCGCCGAGCCGGUGGGCAUUUGGCUGGGGAAGCACAAGUACAUGGUGCGCAGCUGUGACGCCGACAAGUACUACGAGCGUUCUUUCGAGGGCUCGUGCUGCGUCUUCGUCGUGACUGUGGCGACAAUCAUCAUGGUCUUCACGUCGUUUGCCACGUUCUGGCAAUUCCUGGUGGCCCUGCUGACGCUGCCGAUGGCUUUGACGCUGGCCGAGGCGUUUUCGCCGCACACCAUGGACACCCCGUUCAUCAUGGGUGUCGGCGGUGCGAUGCUUUACGCCAUCAUCAAUUUGCUCUAG